CAUUGAGCUGUCAGAAGGGCCGCAUAUUAUUGUUUUAAUAUUACGAGUUCACAAGUCAAGUAGCUGCAUCACUACAUUUUUAUUCUUUUGGGCCAGAAGAACUGUAUAAUUUAUUUGAUAUUUCUAUUACUAUUCUAUUAAAUAUUGCUGUGAAUUUUUCCAUAUUGUGACAUUAUGCGUUAUUUAAAUUCGUUUUAUUAUAUUGCAACUUCUAAUACUAGAAACUGUGUUACCAUUUUCUAAGCACACACACUCACACAUUUUGCACAACACUCAUCACAGAGUUCGAUAGUAUUUUCCUCACGACCCCGACCACUGCUGUUCGAACUACUACAAUACUACACCAAUAUACAUACCCAGCUAUUCUUUGAUUAUAUUAAGUUCUAGGUGUUAGUAGUGUUAUUUAGGCAUUUAAUGUCCAUGCCUACGUACCAAGGCUUAUAACCCUAGUCCGUUCAACAAAUAUAUAUAUAAUAGGUACCUAUGUAAAUACUCAAUAUAGGUUAGAGUUUAGUAUAGGUCCUGUUGCACACACACCACAUAUCCAAUAGCAUUGAUUAUGAAUACUAGUAUUAAAAUGAAAUUAUUGUAUGAUGCGCAUUGGUAACGAACACCUAAGCUCCUCUUAAAAUGUUUUUAUUAAUAAUAGUACUGCAAUCUGUUUAUUACUAUUUAUUCCUUUAUUUUUUUUUUAUAAUUGCCAUUUGUUUAUUUUGAUCCAUUCUAUUGUUUAUUUACUUUAAUGAUUAUUUUAUAUUAUUCAAAUUUAUUUAUUACUAUUAAUUGUACUGUACUAUUGUGCUUCAAGCCCGUUCAUAAAUAAAUAAAUAGUAUAUCUAACUAUAUAAAUGUGAAAUGAAAAUCUUCCCACCGACUAAACUCUGGAACUACUUAUCUGAUCUUCUUGAUUAUUUUUUUAAACGAAAUAGUAUAUCACGGAGAAAUAAUAAUAGAAAUUAUAAAAGAAAAUUUUAGGAAAAUUCACCGGAAAAGUAGGAAAUCUGGAUGUCAAAAAUACAACAGUGGCGCCAGAAAAAAAUAAACUAAAUAAUAAAAAAUGUAGUUUAUUGUUGCUGAUUAAAAUAAUAAUAGUGUAUUAUAUAUUGGUUGCUACUGCUUAAUCGGGCAUGUUUGUUGAUUUUUAUUAUUAUAUAAAUUAAUGUUGGUGUAGAUUAGAUCUCUGGGAAGAAGAUAGGCUAAUUUAAAAAGGGUUAAAUUUGGUUUUUUUUAUUCAUCGGAUUUUAGUACAGUUAGGUUAGGUUAGGAUUUUGUAUUAAUUGAUUAUAUUAAUCCACGGUAGGUGGAAUUAAGUAAAACGACAAACUUGGUAUCACUUUGAUACUUUAGAGUUAAAUCAUGCACUUACGUAAAACAGCACGGGGUCCGCAACCUACCACAGAUAGAUUGCCUACAUGAUAAUAUACUGCUGCGAAUAAGAAUUUUUAUUCCGGGCAACAUAAAAGUUAAGAUAAAUUUUUAAAACCAUACACCAAAUAUUAAAUAACGAAUUGAACAAAGUUUGAGUCAUAUAGAGUUGGUACAUUAAACGGGCAACGAAGUGCACGGGAUCAGCUAGUAUUAAUAUAUUUUUAUAAUAUUAUUCAUAAUCAAUAGUAAAAUAUUACGAUCGGCGGGGGACUGUCCAUCGGUCAUUAGUGAGUAGGCGAUUUUAAUAUGAAUAACUUGAACUACUUUAAUUACUAAGAGAAAGCAUAAUUUCUCACGAAUUACUCACAAGUGACUGAGAUUUUUUCGAUAUUUUAAUUUUGAAGGAAGGUAUAUGUGAAAUAUUACAAAUUAAAAUUACUCAUAGAUCACUUGAAAAUUAAAAUAUCGAAUAAAAGCCAACGCUUAAGUACAGAUUAUGUUCUUAACUGAAAGUUUGAUUAAAGGUAAAUUUACUCUGCCGUGCUAAUAACACAACAAUACACUCUUAUAACAAAGAAAAAUUCACUACCUACCUAAAUAGGUAUUGAUUUUUUUUGUUAAUUAUCUUAAUAAAUAAUUUGAUGUUUAACAGUAAUAACAAUAAAUUAACGAAUUAAAAUGUUAAAUAGUCUUAAAUAUAUAUACAUUUUAUAAUUAAUAUACGGUUUUCGAUUAUCUUUGUAAAAAGCUUAAUCUUGUGCUACAGGGAGAAAAAUCAAAAACAAUUUUGAGAAAAAAGAAGAUAUUAAAUAAAGCAUUUGAAGAAAUUAAUAAAAUUAUAUUAUAAAUUAUAAUGGAAAUGAAAGAGCAAAAUAAAGUAAAAACAAAAACAAAUUUGCAUUGCAAGUAGAGUUGUUGCUCGAUAUAAUAUAUCCUUACCAAACAACAUUGGUGAUUUACAAAGUAUAUUAUUUAACAAAUAUUUUAAUUUAUUACAAUUACAAAUAUUUUUUUUUUGCUCAAAAAUAAUAAACUAAAGUAUAUCUAUGAUCUUGAAUUUUGAUCUGGUUGGAAUAGUUACAUUAUCAGACUAUGGUCGGCGUUGGGUAGUAACGCGUAAUGCAAAUUACAAAUUACUACAACGCAAGUUGUUGUUACUUUUUUCAGUAACGCACCACUAAUUUCAUUACAUUUUACUUAAAGUAACGCAAUUGUAACAAAAUAAUUUUUGAAAAGUAAUUUCUAUGAAGCACUUACGCGUUAUUUUCCAUGUUAUUAAAAUAAUAGUUUUGAAUGCAUUACAAAAAAAAGCCAAUAAGAUAUCCCAGAAAAAAUUAAAAUCAAUUAUAUUUAUUUUUGAUUCCGAUAAUAGUAAGCAAUAUUAUUAAACAUUCCAGGAAUAAAUGUUAUCACUUUAUUAUCAGAAAGAAAAGAGUUCAGUUUAAAAAUAAAAUGUAAAUAAAAUUAAUUAUGAUUUAUGACUUAUGACUAUAAUAUGAGAUGAUUGUGCUUUGUACUAAUAGGUCUAUUACCACUAGUUCUGAUUGUAAAAUAUAUACAUAAUUAGUAAGUAACGUUAUUUGUAACGCACUACUUUAUUAAUGAAAAAGUAAUGUAACGUGAUAAACAAUAAUUUUAGGUAACGCAAAUGUAAUUUAAAUAAAAAUAUUUGAUGUAACGAGUAAUGUAAUUGCAUUACUUUUAAAAGUAAUUUACCUAACACUGACCAUGGUUAGUACCUAAUGGCUAAUACUACCUAUGUAAAAAUACAAAAUUGAAAGUAAAUUGGACAAAAAUUGUAAGUAGGUACCUAGGACCUAUUUAUCUAAUACUGCAAUAUAUAACACUAACAAUAAACUUGCAUAUUAUUUUAUAUUAUAUAAUCAACAUAUUUUUAUAACAUUUACCAACUAAAUUACCGGCGUUUCAAAAAAAAAAAUUUGAUUCUUCAACUCCUUUUGGAUGUAACACGCUGUUGAAGAAAUGUCUUUUAAGUGUAAAUUAUAUUAUAUUUUACUGUAUAGCCAUCCCGACCGGCGUUGUCCGUGAGAUAGGCUUGUGAUUAAGCGAGCAAUAUAUAAUCAGGUAGGCCAUCUACCUGUGGUACAUCGUGGACCCAGUGUGGUUUGUACGUAAGUGUAUAAUUUAACUCUGAAGCAUCAAAGUUAUACCAAGUUUAUCGUUUUAACUUAAUUCAAGUAGCCCAUCUUCUUUUCAAAGGUCUAAUAUCUUUGUACCAAAUUUCAUCGAAAUCGGAUGAAUGGUUUAGGAAUGUAUAAAGGGCAAACAGACAAACAUUCAUAUUUAUAUAAAUAGAUUAGCAAAUAUGACUAAAAAGUAAACAAUUUUGUAUUGUUUAAAAUUUGAUGGACUUUAAAAUGCUUGUUCAUGGGUAUGUUCACUGUUCACGUCAUAUAUUUUAAUAUUAUAUUUUAUUCGUCAUCUUGACGAUCAAUUAUAUAGCAAAUUCUAUCGGAUCAAAUAUGGCACCGGUAAUAAAAUGGGUGUUUGUACUUGUAUUUGUGGCCAUCACGGCCGUAACACUCUUAACGGUUCUGAACAAUCAUACAAAGGAUUUGGGAUGGAUUCCGGAAAACGAAAAGCUUACAGAAAUUACAUCAGCAAGUUUUUUAAUACCUAAUUCGAAUAUAAUAGCUAAACUGCGGGAAACUACACAUCGCUUAUCACCAUUCGUUCGCCCACAGCAGUACUUCAUUAAUUUGUACCCGGAUCUUAAACGAGGUUCAUUCAUUGGUUCUGUCAAUAUAACAAUAAUAUUGGAUACUCCUCAAAGUUACAUUAAGCUACAUUCAAAAGGAUUGAAUAUCAUAGAAACUAAACUCAAUUCCAGUUCUGUAACAGCGUUUCCACUUCCAGUACUUGAAUGUUGGGUUGUCGUACCUAAUGAAGAACUAAGUGCUGGGGAAUACAAAUUACAAAUAUCAUUUAAAGGUAGUUUAUCGGACAAAGUAGUAGGUUUUUAUCAAAGCAUUUAUGAAGAUUCGACCAGCCAUGAACAACAUUAUAUGGCCACUUCAAAAUUGCAACCAACUUAUGCGCGGUUAGCGUUUCCAUGUUUUGAUGAGCCUCAACUGAAAUCAAAAUUUAAAAUUAGCUUAACUCGACCAUCUGGUAAUAAUUAUAUAGCAUUAUCCAAUAUGAACCAAGAGUCUGAAGAGAUCAAUGUCCCUACAAAUGGAUUUACAACUGUCCAUUUUGCUAACACUGUCCCAAUGUCUACGUAUCUUGUUUGUUUUAUCGUAUGUGAUUAUCAAUCACUUGAACCUGUAAAAUCAGUUCAUGGAUUUCCAUUAACAGUUUAUGCCAAAAAUGGCCAAACCGAAAAUAUGAAAUAUGCUCAACAUGUAGGUCUCAAGACAAUUAAUUAUUAUGUAAAUUAUUUCGGCAUUCAAUACCCAUUACCAAAAUUAGAUCUGAUACCAAUCCAAGAUUUUAGUGCUGGAGCAAUGGAAAAUUGGGGUCUUGUGACAUUUCAAGAAACGAGAGUUUUGUAUAAUGAAAGUAAUACUUCUAUUGAUGAACAAGAGAGAAUCGCUUUUACCGUUGCUCAUGAAUUAGCUCAUAUGUGGUUUGGAAAUCUUGUUACUAUGAAAUGGUGGAACGACAUAUGGCUUAACGAAGGGUUUGCCACUUACAUGGAAUAUAAAGCUACACAAGUUGUUCACCCUGAUUGGGAUGUUGAAACAUCAUUUCCAAUUCAUAAUCUCCAACCUGUACAAUAUGUAGAUAGUAAACGUAAUUCUCAUGCUAUAGUGCAGAACGUUUCUCAUCCAAAUCAAAUAACCGAAAUUUUUAAUAGUAUAUCAUAUUCUAAAGGUUCUGCUAUAUUACGAAUGUUAGAAAGUCUGUUGGGUGAUCAAGUAUUCAGGAUUGGUGUAACCACAUAUUUAAAACGUUUUGCAUUUAAAAAUGCUGAAACUGAUGAUUUAUGGACAGAAUUACAAACAGUGACUCAAAAUACAAUCAACGUUAAAAAGAUUAUGGAUACAUGGACACGUCAAUCAGGGUUCCCAGUAGUAUCGGCUAUACGGAAUGGAACUAAACUUACUUUGAUGCAGCAAAGAUUUUUGUCCGACCCAAAUACUAAUUCAUCAAAUGACUCAUCUCCAUAUAAUUACAAAUGGGAAAUACCAAUCACUUAUACCACUUCAAACAAUAAUACUGUACAUACAUUUUGGUUAACCCAAGACGAGGAUUCAAUAACGAUUGACAUAUCUGUUGUUGAGUGGAUAAAACUUAAUCAUAGGCAAGUUGGAUAUUACAUCAUAAACUAUUCAGAGAGUGAUUGGGAUUUACUAAACAAUUUAUUAAAAAAUAAUGUUGAUGUAUUAAGUGUGGCUGACCGUUCAAAUCUUAUACACGAUUCCUUUAUUUUGGCAAAUGCUAAUUACUUACCAUAUAGCAUUUCGUUAAACAUGACAAAAUAUUUAUCUUUGGAACAUCAUUAUAUUCCUUGGCAUGUAGCUGCUACUAACUUACAGAUAUUAAGUGAACAUUUAUAUCAACGUCCGGCACAUAAAAACCUUGAAAAAUAUGUACAACAAUUAUUGGGGAGUAUAAAAGAAGAUAUUUGGAAUGAUCCAAGUGAUAAAAACUUCAUACAACGUAAGCGUCGAGCAGUUAUUAUCAAAUUAGGAUGUGCAUAUGGUGUACCAAGCUAUCAAAAAAAAGUGUAUGAACUAUUUAAACGAUUUGUGAAUGACAAAAUCAAACCGCAUCCAGAUAUUAGAGAUACAGUUUAUUACUAUGGAAUGUCUCAGGGCAAUGAUAGUGAAUGGAAUAAAUUGUGGAACUUAUCCUUAAAUGAAAAAGAACGUAUAGAAAGAGGAAACCUUAUAAAUGCAUUGACUGCCUCAAAAGAAACAUUAAUAUUAACCAAACUAUUGCAACUUGCAGAAUAUGAUAGCCAUAUUAGUUCCCGAGAAUAUUUAAGAAUCAUAAUACUGAUAAACCGUCAUCCUUUUGGAACCCAAUUUGUAUGGGACUUUUUGAGGGAGAAUUGGCGGAACUUGGUUAAUCGUUUUUCUCUUUCUGAUGGGCAACUUGGAACUCUCAUACCUUCAGUUUGUUCUCAUUUCAAUACACAAGAACGUAUCAGAGAAAUGAACAUAUUUUUUGAUAAAUAUCCAGAAGCUGCGGCUAGAAAUAAUGGACGAAAAACUACGCUGGAAGUUGUAUCUAAUAAUAUUAAAUGGUUAGAAAAACAUGAAGCUGUUAUUAGUAAUUGGUUGAUAAAUUCCAUCUAAUUUUAAAAAUGUCUUCUAUUUGAUUGUCAAUAUUUAAAAACCAAUAUCUUAUUAUAUAGGUUCGAAUUAUUUAAUAUUACAAUAUUAAUGUCUAUAUUUUUACAAUUUGUUUAUUCCUCUUAUUAAUUAUAUGUGUUUUUACAAUUUUACUUAAAUAUAUGUUAAUACAAUUUAAUACGUAUUGUAUAAAUA